AUGUCCUCCCAACAACAUAAGUUCAAGCGUCCAGACGUCUCUAUCAGGGACAAGAAACUGGACACUCUUAACGUUCAAUUGAAGAAAAUCGACACCGAAAUCAAUUUGAUCAGAAAGCAAGUUGAUCAACACCAGGUCAACGAUGGCACUCAACAAGAACGUAAGAAGUUGCAAGACAAGAGUAGAGAAAUUAUCAAGACUCAAGCUGAAUUGAAGAACCGUAGAAGCAACAUUCAUGAUUCUAUUAAGCAAUUGGAUGCUCAAAUCAAGAGAAAGAACAACCAAAUCGAGGAAAAGUUGGGCAAAAAGGCUAAGAUCUCCUCCACCGCAGAAGCCAAGCAAAGAAUUAAUGAAAUCGAAGAUUCCAUUGCCUCCGGUGAUCUUUCUUUGGUGCAGGAAAAACUACUAGUCAAAGAAAUGCAAUCUUUAAACAAAUUGAUCAAGGACUUGGUUAACAUCGACCCUAUUAGAAAGUCCGUCGACGCUGACAAGGCCAAGAUCAAUCAGUUGAAGGAAGAAUUGAACGGAUUGAACCCAAAGGAAGUCUCUAGCCAAUUCGAGGAAAACCAAGAGAAAUUGAAUGACAUUCAUUCAAAGACUCAAGGUGUUUACGAUAAAAGACAAAACUUGUUCAACAAGCGUACUGCCUUGUAUAAGAAACGUGACGAAUUGUACACUCAAAUUAGACAAAUCAGAGCUGACUUCGACAACGAAUUCAAAUCUUUCAGAGCUAAAUUGGACAAGGAGCGUUUAAAGCGUGAAGAAGAACACAAGCUUUCCAAAUUAUUGGAACAAAAAGAUGUUGACAUGGGCAAAUUGCAAGAAAAAUUGACUCACGCCAAGAUCGCUGCUUUCACCUACGAAAUUGGAGCUAUCGAGAAUUCCUUACUUGUCUUGGACCCAACCUAUGUGAAACCUAAGAAAAAUAUUUUGGCUGACUUGAACGAAACUGUUUUGGAAACCAAGCCUGCCAGAAAAGUUGUUGCUGAUGAUUUAGUCUUGGUCACCCCAAAGAAGGAUGAUUUUGUCAAUGUUGCUCCAUCCAAAUCUAAAAAGCACAAGAAGAAGAACCAACAAAAGAACACCGAAAAUGAACAACCUGCAUCCAUUUUCAACAAACUCGAUGGUAAGUUCACUUUGGAACCAACCUUGAUUGCUACUCUAGCUGAAUUGGAUGUUACUGUCCCAAUUAACAAUGAUGAUGUCAAGAUCACCAUUGAGCAAUUGAAGAAGAAGCAUGAAGAACUGUUGUCCAAGCAAGAAGAGCAAACAAAGCAAAAUAUUGAAUCUGUUGAAAAGGAAAUUGAAAAAUUGAAUUUAGAUUACUCCAACAAAGAACAACAAGUAAAGAAGGAAUUGGAAGAAAAAAGAUUGAAAGAACAGGAAGAAGCUGAAAAGGACAAGGAAAAUUAA